AUGGAGUCAGGUAAUGUUCUCCCAGAGACAUGUGGUUCAGCUAGCAGGACCUGGGACCAGAGUCUCUACCUGCAGCACCGACGACAUGAGCUCAGAGAUGUUCUCAAAGACCUGGACUUCAACCAGCCUGAGAUAGAUGGCUUGGAGGUGAUUGGCUCAGGCCAGCCCUUCACCUCUGUCACUGUGAAGCAGAGCCCCCUAAUGGAGGAGGAGGAGAGGGAGGAGCUUAGGGAGAUGGAGCAGAAUGAAAACCAUGACCCCCUGUCGCAGUUUGAUUAUGUCAUGCUGGACGCGGUGCUGGUGCCUGCCCUGAGGUUCUGUGGGCAGCCCGCCCGUUGGACAGGCAACUCCACCUCUCACAAGGGGGAGGUGGGUAUCAGCGCCAGGGUAACGUUUGAGGCCCUGUCAGGAGAGAGAGCCCGUUCAGACAUGGAGGUGCAGAACGAGGGCAGUACAGCAGUCUACUACAGCUGGCAGCGCCUGGCUGUACCACAUAGCUUCCCUGACGCCAGGACACAUACAUACACACAGCACUUCUACUUCGACACCUCCACAGGUGUGAUUCUACCAGGUGACAGCAAGCGUGUAGAGUUUAUAUUUAAGUCGGAGGUCCCAGGCAUCAGGACAAAGGUGUGGCAUCUCAACACACACCCUGUCCUGCUGGGCGGAGCCUCCAUCCAGGUGACAUUGAGGGGCGUGGCUCUUUACCAGGACAAGACCGCUGACCAGAGACACGCUCUGGAGAGGGAGCUGCAGCAGAGAGGGGCUGCGUCAGUGUGUCGGUCGUUGGUGUGUGACGUGUUACGAGGCGUCCUCACCCCAGAGAGACCCGGCUCCCCUGCAGAGCUCUACACCACCGAGGAAGAACACUUCCACAACAGGAACCCAAAGCUGCAGUACCGUUAUGAGACAGUGGAGGCGCUGAAGAGCCUGUGGCAGCAGGUGACCACAGAAACAGGAGAAGACAGAGAAACAGCCUGGGACCUCUCUGUGUCUACACUACGACAGGCGGUGCUGGCUCUGCCCCAGGGGGACGGGGAGCAGGAUGGACCCCAGGAGAGGCUCACCAGAGAGGGGGCUCUGAGCCUCUAUAACACCCUCCUCCUAGAGCUCACCCAGCCACUCACACAACACACGCCACUACCACACAAUGCUAUAGGGUUGCAGCUGUGGAGAGAGCUGUUGGACGGUCUGGUCAGUGCAGCUCUGUGGCUCAGACAUCUACUGGGUCUCCCUGAGUCAGACACAUGGGGGGAACACACACAGGACCACAACCACAGCUGGGGAAAGACGAAGAAAGAGGAGAAGUUUGAGAAGAAAGCAGGAGCACCCCUGAAGGAGGAGAAGAGGGGAGGAGCACCCCUGAAGGAGGAGAAGAAGGGAGGGGCACCCCUGAAGGAGGAGAAGAGGGGAGGGAGCGUCAAAGAGAGGGAGGAGAAGAAGGGAGCAGCCAAGCCUGCUGUGAAGGAGAAACCAGUGGAGGAGUGUCCGGGCAGUAAGAAGAAGGGUCGUGAGGAGGUGGCGGUAGGGGACAAGCGUCCUGGAGGUAAGACUGGUAAAGAACCAGGCAGAGAGCCCUCCUCCACCACAACCAGCCCUGAGAGUGACUACCAGGACCACCACACUGACUCUACUGUAGAGCCUGAACUACAGGACAAAUACAGGAGACAGCUGCACCAACAGGUGUAUAUUCUAAUGGAAGGCUUAGUGGAUUCUCUGUGUGUGCUGUUGGAUGAGUCUGCAGAGGAACAGACUUGA